AUGUCUUCUAUCUUCUGUUGUUCCUCUAUUACCCCUUAUAGAGAGGCUCGCCUUACGCACGAGAGCAAGUUCCAGCGAUUUAUGGCCUGGGCUCGACACUCCGAAUCCUCUCCGGUGACAAGCUCGGACUCGUACUUUCGGAACCCCAACAAUAUUCCAGAAUUCGCAGUGCAGGUUGUCCGACAAGUCAAUUAUGGCCCUGUCGAGGCCAAGCGCUAUUUCAUCCCAGAUAGCCUCGCAGGUGACCUAAGUGAAUUCUUGGAAGUCACCGAACAAGACUUGAUUAUUGGGAAUUUUCAGAAGCUGAAUGCGUACAAAAAUUUCAAAUGCGUCACUCAUAAUAAGUUCUUUGAGCUCAACAUUUACCAGAAAGAUCCCGUCAAUCAACACCACUGGAGAUUCAACAUUGCUCGUCCAGCUACCGACAUUGAUAUUUGA